AUGAUGGUGCUUUUGUAGAAAAUAUUGAAACUAAUUUUUCAAUUUUUACACAUUCCACCGACCAGAUCAAGCAGGAAAGUGCCUAGUUAGCAACAGGUUUCAACGUUUUGGUAUUACUUUAUUUGUACCUAUAUUUUAAAACAAAAUGAGUAUCUCAGUUGUACGAAGUGUGCUCAAGAAUCACCCAAUAGUUAAAGGUAUGGUGACGUAUGCCGUUAUAUGGCCCACAGGAAGUCUAAUUCAGCAAACCUUGGAAGGAAAGGAUUGGCGUACAUAUAACUAUAGACAAUGUCUUAAUUUUGCAUUAUUUGGUACAUUUUUCGUUGCCCCUACGCUGUAUGGAUGGGUAAAAAUUUCGAGUCAAAUGUGGCCAACUAUGAAUUUGAAAACGGGAAUUACCAAGGCGAUUGUUGAACAGUUCAGCUACGGUCCGUUUGCUGGUACUAGUUUCUUUUUCGGCAUGAGUUUACUGGAGCAAAAAACUAUUGGGGAAGCUGUACAGGAGGUAAAGACUAAAUUCCCCGAUACGUAUAAGGUUGGGAUUUGUGUUUGGCCGGUAAUUCAAACCAUCAAUUUCUCUCUUAUACCUGAACACAAUCGCGUACCUUUCGUUAGUAUAUGUAGUCUUUUGUGGACAACCUUUCUAGCUUACAUGAAGCAACGAAAUAUGCAGGAUGACAUACAAAUAUCAGGUGCUACCGUGGUACACUAUUCCAAAAUCUAGGAAAUGAAUUACGUAUCUACUAACAUUGGAGAUGAAAGCCAAAGAUCUGUGAAAGUAAACACGGUUAGCGUUUGUUAUAGCAUUUAUAAAUGUUAAUAUUUAUAAUUGUAGUAUAUUUAUUAGUAAAUACUUGAAUGUAAG